AUGAACACCCAGAGAGAGCAGAUUGAGAAGUUACUUUCUGAGGAAUCAAUAGAAACAGUACGGAAUGCCUUAAGGGAACCAGAUAUAUAUGGUCCAUUAAAGGAUAUAUACAGUGUACUAUUAGAAGAUGACCCGAAUAAUAUGGAAAUAUUGCAGGUUUUGGAGAGACACAGUAGUACACACAUUGUAUACCUAGUGUAUGGUGACUACUUAGCCAGAAAGAAUAGAAUAGAAGAGGCAAUUGACCAAUAUAAGACUGCUGCUAAACUCACAGCAGAUAUAACUGAGACAAUUUCAAUUCUUAAGAGACUAAUAUUCGGAUACUUGCAGAUCCGUGAUAUACCAGGGGCAUUUUACACAGGAUGGACACUUAUUGAGAUGAAUCUAGUAGGGUAUAAUAUGCGGUUACUCAGAUUUAUAUGUGGUUUAGUCACAAAAGAGAAAUUUGCUGGUCAGAGUAUCCUUGGGGAAGCAGAGAGAACAGAAAGACUCAUUAGUGAAAAUAUCAAAAUAACAGAAGAAAAGACAGUAAAGAAUGGAGGACUAGAGAGAGUAGUAGUACAAGACCUGGAGAUAAUAGGGAAUUCUGGGAUGGGUGACUUCCUUAAGGAGCACAAGAUAGAUAUCUCUAAAGAAUUUGAAGUUGGUAUUAUAACGGAUACUUUACCAUAUUUAAAUAUCCUGGAGACAGUAGGAUUUAGUGCCUUCAUACAGGAAUAUCACAAUAAAGUCAUCCCAGAAGACAGAAAGACAGAAUUAGGCAUGGAUAGAGAUGUUAUAUUGUACUUUAUAAUGACAGAAGAUAUCCUUAUGCUGUAUAAAUUAGCAGAGUACUUCUAUAGUAGAAAUAACUACUUCAGUGCCUUAGUCUUAUUUAGGUCUGUAAUAGAACUAUUCACUAGGAUAGAUACGGAUAGGACUAAGUUCAUGCAGUUAGCUACAACAAUUGGUAGUAAUAUGUUCUAUGAUGUGUAUUUUAACUCACCCACUGACUAUGAUAAGUUUAUAAUUUCCGUUAAGAAAUUUAAUCUUUCACUUUUCAUAGUAAAACAAGGAAAGUCACAGGAGCACCCUUUAGAUAAAGUGUUUUAUGAGCACUUUAAAGAUAAAAUCUCACUUGACCAGUAUACCAUCCCGAAUGUGUACAAGAAUAAAUAG